AUGGACCAGCUCAGGAGAUUCAUUCAAGCAGAUGCCAAAGGAAUACUGGAAAAGAUACGAUUGUGUUUAAUAAAGAAACUGCUGCCAGAUUUGGAUGACAGAAGGAAGUACCAUGAGGAGUUCUCCUCAUCCACUUCAUUUCAUGGUGUGCAUAACAUGGUGCACACGCAGAGCAAGGCUCGCAGGGCGCUGUGGCUGCUGGUGGUGGCAGGCUGCCUUGCCACUGCUGCCUGGCAGAUCUGCAGUCGCUUCAUCUACUACUUCAGCUGGCCCACCACAACCACAAUGGUGGUCCAGUAUGUGGAAAAAGUCAAAUUCCCCGCUGUCACCUUCUGCAACUUGAACAGGUUUCAAGCUGAUGCUGUGAGCAACCUGAAAGUAAUUUUUUCAGUUUGGAACAUUGUAUCUGCAAUUCUCCAAAAAUUUGCUAUGGAAGAAAAAUAUUCCCAGGAGUUAAAUGAUUUCCUUCUUGGGAACCAGAACUUCAGCAUCAAAGACUUUACAAGGAAAAAUGGGUUUUAUCUGAACAGCAGCACAUUGCUAGAAUGUGAUUUUUUUGGAAAGCCAUGUUACCCACAGGAUUUUGAACAUGUUUUCACUGAAUAUGGAAACUGCUUUACUUUUAAUCACAAUGAUCUUUCAGCAAGAAGAGUGAGUUUGUCUGGAAGAGGCUUACAUUUGCUUUUUGAUGUCCAGCAGGACAAAUUCACUGAUGAGCCUACCCUUGGUCAUACUGAUGCUGGAAUAACUUUUGCUGUCCACUCACCCCAAGAGCUGCCACGCUUUGAUGGUUUAGGUUUGCUGACACCAGUGGGGAUGCACGCGCAGGUCGCAAUCCGCCAGCUGAAGUCAAUUAUCCAAGAAUACCCAUGGGGAGAGUGCAAGCCUGAUUUAAAGCUUCAGUACCACAGGAUUUAUAGUACUAAUGGAUGUUUGCUGGAAUGCAAAGCCCGGUACAUACAGGACUGGUGUGGCUGUUUGCCAUUCAUUCUUCCAGGAAAUGGAACAGAAUGUGACUUGCUGAAGUUUUACAAAUGUGUUUAUCCUGCAGUCUAUACUAUAGAGAUAAAAGGAUUAUGUACAGUAGGAACACACAAUUCCACUUGCCCUGCCCCAUGUGAAGAAACAGAUUAUCCUACCACUGUCACCUAUUCCAACUUUGGAGGAGAAAAAGCCAUAAAAUAUUUUUCUACAAAACUGAAGAAAAGCUCAGAAUACAUCAGGCAAAACCUUGUGCGAAUUGAGAUUAAAUAUCAUGAUCUGAGCUACAAAAUAACACAGCAGCAGAAGGCUUUGACUAUCUCUGAGUUGCUUGCUGAUGUAGGUGGCCAGCUUGGAUUGUUUUGUGGUGCCAGUAUGAUUACAAUCAUAGAACUGCUAGAGUAUAUUUUUACUAACUUCUGUUGGAUGUGCAUCUUUCUUCUUUUGAAAGCUCCUGAAAUGCCUCAAUGGAACAAUCCAUCCCAGAACCAACCAACACAUAAGGGAAAAAAGAGGGGAAUACAAGAAUGUUAAUGGCUUGGAGAAGUCUGGAACUAAUUGGUUUUGCAAAUUCCCUUUCUUUUUAAGAUAUAAAGGAGACUGUAAUAUUUUACACUUCUCCCUUCUCUGCUCUCCCUAUUAUUCCCUAAAAUGAUUUAACUGUGCUAAAUAACUUUAAAGAGUGCAUUUCACAAAGUCUCACUUUCCUUCUCAUAUAAAUAAAAAUGUAAUCUUUAACUUUUAUUUUAACAAAUUAGUUGUUUAAAAUAGAAUAGCAAGUGAUGCUGACAUAUGAUAAAAUUUAGCAUUCAUAACCCAGAUUUUAUCUUCUGCGUUUUGAGUUAUGAGCAAUAAUAUACAUGCCAAAUUAUCUCACAGAAAUUUCUGGACUACCAUAAACAUGGAACAUUGCUAUUCUUAAAAUGCCAGUUCCUUAUUAACAACUCUUCUCAUAGGUUAUCAUUGUAACAUAUUCCAAUGAAGAAUAUGGCAACUUCACCCAGAACAAUUAGGAAUGUGCCUAAUAGCAAUAAAAUUUACUGUUCUAUCUGUCUGAAACACAGCAAAAAACCUCAUCAGUCUGCCAGCUACUGAAGAGAACCACAGAGCAUCCAAGUGGUUUGCAAGUGGGCAAACAUGGGUCAAGUUCAGUGUUCAAUGUCAUGAAAAAUGAUAAUAAAGGCUUCAUCUAAGUCU